AGCUCACAAUUUUUCUUGCACAGGGUAAGGUCGCACUAAUGGCGCUAUCAUUUUCCUUAAAACAGAAAAGAAAAAACAAGGAUAAAGAAGAGAGCUGCAAAGCAGAGCAUUACAUAAACCGGAAAAAGCGGUUCAAACGGUCCACUUAUUCGGGCUACACUCUCUGACUCUGUCACUCCCUCCUCCUCCUCUCCUUGUUCACACUGGCUUUGGUAUGGGGUCCGGCGGCCAGCGGCCGGCGUCCCAUUCCUGGUGUUUUCGAGCUUGUUUUCAGAUCCACCGAGUUUCUCAGUGACCAAACAGAGACCUAAGCAUCAAGGUUGAAGUGUAUGUGAUGUAUUGGUGUGUGAAAUUGAAGAACGAGAUUUAUAUGUGAUUUCUUAGUUGGCACUGAAAUUUCCAACAAAUUCCUUUUCUUAAUUGAUGCAGAUUUGUUACUUUCCACGUGUAUUUUGUAAUUUUUGUCAUGAGCAGUUGUGACGUGAUUUCAUCAAUUAAGUGCAUUUGAUUGAAAGAAUGGUAAUAUCUGGAAUUUACCACAUUGGUCUCAUGCUGCAGUCAUUUUGGUAAAAAGUAAAGACAAGUACCUUAUCUGUAUUAGGUUCCUUUCCUUUGAUUGGGGAAUAAUGUUAUAGAUAAAUUGAGUUUGUGAAUUCGGGAAAGAAAAUGGAAGAAAUACAGUCUCAAUCAGACAACUAUAGGUCUUCCUCCUCUUCAGCUAGUAGUCCUGCUAGUAGGGUGCCUUCAAGUAAUUUCUUCUAUUUGAGGAAACCUGGCUCCCUUAGACAACCUAUCUCAUUUGAGGAUUCACCAGACUGGGAAGAUGCAGAUGUUGAUGUCAGGGUCGAGGAAGGAGGUGACGCAAUUCAUGUGGUAACCACACCUGUCUCCCCAUCUCUCUCGAAGCUCAAUAGUGGGUCCUUGCCGUCUCCUCCAUUAGUGGAGGGUGCAGUUGUUCCAAGGAAACUUGCAGGUGCUUCGGUUGUGUGGAAGGAUUUGACUGUCACGAUAAAGGGGAAAAGGAAGUACUCUGAUAAGGUUGUGAAAAGUUCAAAUGGCUAUGCAUUACCAGGGACUAUGACAGUGAUAAUGGGCCCUGCCAAAUCUGGGAAAUCCACACUAUUGAGGGCUAUUGCAGGAAGAUUGCAUGGUUCCGCCAAAAUGUAUGGUGAAGUGUUUCUGAAUGGGACAAAAAUGUCGAUGCCAUAUGGGUCCUAUGGAUAUGUUGAGAGGCAAACCACACUGAUUGGAUCUCUCACUGUCCGUGAGUUUUUGUAUUACGCUGCACUGCUCCAACUUCCUGGUUUCUUCUGUCAAAAAAAGAGUGUGGUAGAGGAUGCCAUCCUCGCCAUGUCUUUGGGUGACUGUGCAAACAAACUGAUUGGCGGCCAUUGUUAUAUGAAGGGUCUUCCUAGUGGUGAGAGAAGGCGCGUUAGCAUUGCCAGAGAGCUUGUGAUGCGGCCACAUAUCUUAUUUAUAGAUGAACCACUGUAUCACCUUGACAGUGUAUCUGCACUUCUCAUGAUGGUUACCUUGAAGAAACUUGCAAACACUGGUUGCACCCUCAUUUUUACUAUUUGCCAGAGCAGCACAGAAGUGUUUGGUCUCUUUGAUCGGAUUUGCCUCCUUUCAAAUGGAAACACUCUCUUCUUCGGAGAAACAUUGGCUUGCUUGCAGCACUUCUCAAAUGCUGGAUUUCCUUGCCCAAUUAUGCAAAGUCCUUCUGAUCACUUUUUACGUGCUAUAAACACGGACUUCGACAGGAUCAUUGCAAUGUGCAAAAAUUGGCAGGAUGACCAUGGGGAUUUUUCAUCAGUUAACAUGGACACUGCUGUCGCAAUACGCACCCUUGAAGCAACUUAUAAAUCAUCUGCUGAUGCUGCUGCAGUUGAAACUAUGAUACUGAAACUCACGGAAAAGGAAGGUCCACUUCUUAAAAGCAAGGGAGUGGCUAGCAAUGUUACUAGGAUUGCAGUUUUGACUUGGAGAUCAUUAUUAGUUAUGUCAAGGGAAUGGAAGUACUUCUGGCUUCAGCUAAUUCUUUGCAUGCUUCUUGCGCUUUGUGUUGGUACAGCCUUUUCUGGCUUGGGGCAUUCUCUGUUAUCUGUUAAGACAAGAGUUGCAGCAGUAUUUGUAUUUGUUUCAUUUACUUCUCUUCUGAGCAUUGCUGGUGUACCCGCGCAUAUGAAAGAAAUCAAGAUAUAUGCGUGUGAAGAAUCAAACCAACAUUCAGGAGCAUUAGUUUUUCUACUUGGCCAACUUCUUUCCAGCAUCCCAUUUCUGUUUCUCAUUUCCAUAUCAUCAAGCCUAGUUUUCUACUUCCUAGUAGGGCUGCGAGACGAGUUCAGCUUGUUGAUGUACUUUGUGCUGAUGUUCUUCAUGUGCCUCUUAGUUAAUGAAGGACUAUUGCUGCUUGUUGCUUCUAUUUGUCGAGAUGUAUUUUGGUGCAUCUUGACACUUGUAAUCAUGCAUGUCAUAAUGAUGCUUUCAGCUGGCUACUUCAGAAUCCGUAGUGCUUUGCCUCGACCAGUGUGGAUGUAUCCAUUUUCCUAUAUUGCAUUCCACACUUACUCUGUCCAGGGACUUUUAGAGAACGAGUACGUUGGGACUUCCUUUGCAGCUGGAGUAAGGGCCAUAUCUGGAUUUGAUGCACUCCAUAAUGCAUAUGACAUAUCUUCAGAUAAUAGUUCGAAGUGGAAGAAUUUACUAGUGUUGUUUCUUAUGGCAAUUGGGUAUCGGAUUCUUGCAUUUAUUUUGCUACAUUUUCGCGUAAGAAAAAACUUAUCCAUACGUAGAUUUUUCCAAUGUAAUCAGAACACAGACAGCGCAAGAUGAAUGGGAAGUACUCUUUUGUUUGGCUGUUCGCAUUGUAUGAUACCCUUAUGUUCUAGGUUUUUGCCUAUGCAAUAUAGUAGCAGGAUCCAACAAUGGAGGAUACCACGCCAUGUUUUUUC